AUGCAUUCAAACUGUAAAGAUUUGACUUUACAAUCGGUGGUUGGAGACGUAGUGGCCGAUAAUUUUACGUAUUUCACCUUAGGCUACGAUGGACCAAUAAGUUUGAUCCUUGAUUCAUUGGAAGGUGAUGCAGACUUGUACAUAUCACAGUUCUUGUUACACCCAUCAUACAACACUUCUGAAUACUGUUUACACUCUGCCACAUGUGGCCAAGAUCGUGUUGAUAUACCAUCCAGUUUUCAAAGGCCAAUUGGUGUAGGUGUAUAUGGUCAUGUUCUACAUCCAUCUACCACUUUCCAACUUACUGUUGUCCUAAGAGAUGAGUUUGGUCAAAUGCAGGAGGGUUUUGAAACUCUUUUAGACUCUGAUUACCUUGAAAUGAAAAGAGUUGGAGGCACUGGAAAUAGUGGAUACAGAAUUCCCCAGAGUGAAGAACAAUCAGUCUUUUCAUCAAUGCUGUGGACAUUUUUAGAGAUCCUUUUGGAAGUGCUCUUUGCUUAA